CUCCUGCGCGGGGGUCACGACCACAGCUGGUCACCCAGCAGCAUCCCUUUGCACCGCAUCCAACCAAAUUCCGCCCCUCGUUGCUCUCCUGCCUCUGUCUCCGUCUUCCCUCUCGUGCCUUGAGUUGGCGGACCCCAGGGAUGCGGAGGACGCUAUAAGAGAGCUGGCCAUGACUUGGACGGCCACAGGCUGCUAGUGGAGCUGGCGCAUGGGGGCUGCGGAGGUCCGCAAGCUAGACGAUUCGGAGUUCAAAAACCCUUUUUCCCGUGGCUGCUACAUUCGAGUGCGUGAGGAGAGCAAGACCGGUCGCGAUCGCAGCAGGUCCCCGCGUCGCCGCGAGCGGUCCCCCCAAGAAGAGCGGAUCCAAGUCCCCCUCUCGCUCCCGCUCUCGAUCCAAGUCUCCUGCCAAGUCUCCCGAGCGUGCUCGCUCUCCUGCUGGCAGUGAUGGGAAGGCGGCAUCUGGUUGAUCGUU